AUGGAGGAACUAUCCGGAUGCUGGCUUGAAGCCAUCCGCGCCGACACCGUCGCAAUAGAACUCCUCAAAAUCCGCACCCACCUAACCAGCACUUCUACCCCCCUUCUCUCCACCUCCUCUCCCUCCUCCCCAUAUCCCAGCACCUUCACGCGCUCCUCAUCCCCCUCUAUCAAGGACCCGGAAAUCAUCACUGCCAUCCUGCGACACGUCGAACAAACCUCCCGACUCCUUCGGGACCUAUACGAUCUCUUCCCCAUCUAUCGAAUUCGUGUUCCGGUUAUCGUUUAUUAUCUCACCGUUAUCUUACCCUGUUUGCAAAAAACUCUAAGAGAUAUGCUGGCGUUUCUCACGUGUGAGGACUUUUCGCUGAGUUUGAGGUGGUUACGUAUGUAUGAGAGAUUGAAUGAACAGGGGGGUAUGACUUUGACGUUGAGGUUUGUUAUGUAUGUGGAUUUUUUGGUGCAGUGUGUUAGGUUAUUGACUGGAUCUCCAACAUAUGAUCCUACGACACUAGAAUUAUUGCGCAUAAGAGUUCUAAGACUGAGGUCUUUGAGGGGAAUUCCAGCUCCUCCAAUCCCGGUACAACCACACCUUGCACCUACACAACCAAAUCUUGUUGAUUUAGAGAGACGUCAUUGGGCGGAAAAAAUCUUCGAUGAUCAUGCGCAACCUCUUUCGCAAACGUGUUUAAAACAUAGACGAGACUCAAGAUGUUUUGGUCCAUCUAUGAAUGAAAUGAGAUUAGGUAUAUCUCCUCAUUCAAAAGUUUUGUUUAAAUUACCCUUCGACAAAAAUCGCCUUUCAAUAGCCCUCUACCUCGACGACACAACUCUCGACCAAUCACCCCGUUUCCUCUGUCGCUGGAUGGACAAACAUAAUAAUCCUCAUUAUUCUUCCUAUGGUGUACAUGAAUUAUGUAUUAAAAGAAGAGGAAGCGCAUUAUGUUUUAAAAGGUGGAGUGGAUAUAGGGAACAUCCUACCAGUUGGAUGGCUUUAUUCUUUAAUAGACGAUGGAUUCUACCACUCACUUUCCGUCUACGAGGAUCGAUAUACUCAUACGUUAAGAUUGCAUGCUGCGGUUGCAAAUGGGGAGUUGAGGAAAUGUCCUUAACCGAUCUCCAAAUGUCCUCCGACACCUGGAUCGCGCGACAUACCCGCCAUCGUGUUUGGAUCAAAGAUUUACAUCUCUAUGUUUUCUGCAAUGAAUAUUCUCGCCGAACGCAAGUUAGAAAACAUGGGGAAUUUGAAUUAUAUUUUGUGCACGGAGCUGCAGCAGAAGCAUUCAUAGAAAUUUUCUACCCCCUAGAUUCCGAAUCCGGAUCCGAAGAAGGAAGCGGAUCGCUAGUGGAUCAAUAA